AUGAACGAGGAGUUGCAAUGCGAUGACCGGAUGCCGAGCUAUCGGACCCACUCGGGCAUCGGCGGUAUCCACAUCGGGGCCGUCACCGAAGCCUUCAGGCCGUCUCUCUACGCCCGCAAUGGCUUCCCUUGUUCCCAUAUCUCCAUCGCCGCGGCGGGGCUCAACACCACCGAUCAUGCAUCCCACCACCGGCACGGCUUCGUGAAGUCCGCGGCAUUCGCGGUCGACGACGCCGGCGUCAUCGCCUGGGCGGCGGGAUCGACAAACUACGACGAGCCGGCGGCGGCGGCGCUGUCGAUAAGGAUCCCCGGCGCGGUUCGCACGUCGGAAGGCUCGCGCCGGUGUCGUCGGGAUGACGGGUCCGAUGUUGUCUCGUCGCCUUCGGCAUUGGGUCGAUCCUGGGCUGGAUCUGGCCCGAUGAACUGA